CAAGAAUUUAGUGAAUGACAUUACAGGCUACAGCUGGUCGCUGGAUGAUAUAUAUUUCUUCUGGGGCUACAGAUUUACAUGAUUUUUCUUUUUCUUCAGCUGAAAAUUCUAUCUUAUCUCCUCAUGUACUUACUGAUCAUUUUCUGUUUCUUUUUUAGUGUAUCUGGUGAGAGAAAUUUAACAGCUAUUUUCUUCUUCUUUAAAUUAAGCUAUUUUCUUCUUCUUUAAAUUAUCUUUUGCAGACCUUUGAGCGGAAAAAAACAAAAAGAAAAGAAGCACAAAUGUCUGCUUGCAUGGUCUUAUCAUUCUUCUUGAUUAAACAUCUGGUUGUAUCAUUCUUCUUGAUUAAACAUCUGGUUGUAUCAUUGUCUUCUAUCUACCAAUUUGCAACAGUAAAUUAUAUGUCGGUCAGUGAUGAUUGACGUCAUCUCUGGCUCUAUUUCAAUUUCACACAAAAAAAAAAACCUCCUCUUUUAUUGCAGGUAUAUUUCAUUAAUUGGAAUCCACCUCUAUCCUCGAGUGGAUUUCGUAACAAUUUAGCCAAUAUCUUUCCAAGAUCAUCAUUUCUGAAUAAAAUUUUCAGGUUUUUUUCCCUUAAAAAAUAUAGACCUUUCCCGAGUUCCAUCUUAACGAUAGGUGAAAAUUUCAAGUAAGAAUUUGGUUUCUUUAUUUCUGCAUUUCGAGUUUCAUCCAAAUUUCUUUUCGGUAAGACAAGACUUGUAGCUUUUGAAGUUUCCACUUUUUGAUUAAAUUUAUUAUUCUGGAGUGUGGCGUGUUGCGGGAGAGAUGCACCAACUUGCAAGAAAAGUACUAUAUCAAUAACUAUUACUGCGCCUCAUGAAUCAUCAUCACAAACCCUGUUACUCCAAUUAAACUCAUCUAGUAGGAAGAAAAGUAUACCUGUGUUCAAAUAGUUAAAAAGUUGAUUGGGAACGAGCAAAGCAUGGAACACAGAAUUAAAGAUUUCUGAGGUUUGAGUGAUGGUCAUUUGUUGGGGCAAAACAUGGAAGCUUUGAAUCAGAGGUCUCUGGAAAGAGUUGUCUCACAAAGAGCUCUGCAAAUAGGAAGUUCAUUUCCGUGCCGGAUUUGUGUGAUUGGCUUUCUGUGUGGUGUUUGCCUCACCUCUUUACUUCUUGCUGCUCUUACUUCAUUUGGUGCCUUUGAGUUUGGUGCCCUUUCAAUUUCACCUGCAAUUUCUUCUUCAACAAGCCCAACAAGUGGAGAAUGCAAUGUUAAACAAAAGAAUUUAGAAAGGUGGUUCAUUUCCCAAGAAAAGUUAACAGUGGGAGGAGAUGAGAGGGUGUUAUUACUUUACUCAUCUUGGGGUAAUUUAGUGACUCAAUCAGCAAAUGAAGACACUCAUCUUGGUAAAUCCAACUUACCAAAAGCACCUCACUUGGAGGACUGCAAGCUGAGUGCAGAAACAAAUCAACGUCUUGAUAACCGAGUCCAAAAUGACAGCUUCCCUCCAUGGACAAUAUGGAAGGGACAGUUAAAUAACAUCCCGUGGACAGCUGAAGAUGAGCAGCUGCGGUAUUAUAGACAUCAAAUAGUAUCUGAAGGAACUUAUCCUCCCUGGAUCAAGGGCUCAGAUGAAGAGAACUACCCCUUAACGAGGAAGGUGCAACGUGACAUGUGGCUCCAUCAGCAUCCUUUGAACUGUGGUGAUGGAAAUGUGAAGUUUCUGAUAGCUGACUGGGAGAGACUACCUGGGCUUGGUAUUGGUGCCCAGAUAGCUGGAAUGAGUGGUCUUCUUGCAAUAGCAAUCAAUGAGAAAAGGGUUCUUGUUACAAGCUAUUAUAACCGUGCUGACCACAAUGGGUGUAAAGGUUCAUCACGCUCUAGCUGGUCUUGCUAUUUCUUUCCGGAAACAUCUCUGGAAUGCAGAGAUCGUGCUUUUAAGCUCAUGAAACAAAAAGAAGCAUGGGAAAAAGGAAUUAUAACGAUAAAAGAAAACUAUACUUCUAAGGAGAUAUGGUCUGGACGCACUCCAAGGUCAUGGGGAGAACCUUGGAGUUAUUUGCAGCCAACAACAGAUAUAAAUGGAAGUCUAAUUGCGUAUCAUCGCAAAAUGGAUAGGAGGUGGUGGCGUGCUCAGGCAGUGCGCUAUCUAAUGCGGUUUCAUACCGAGUACACAUGCAACCUUCUAAACCAGGAACGACAUGCAGCAUUUGGCUGGGAAGCAGCGAGAAUGGUUCUUGAAAGUCAACAUACAGAUUUUUCCGAGGGAGUAGAGAAGGUGGCCGAACAUGACAUUGAAAAUUUUGUAUGGUCAAGUCAUAAACCUUGGAGUCCUAGGCCAAUACUGAGCAUGCAUGUCCGAAUGGGUGACAAGGCAUGUGAGAUGAAGGUUGUAGGAUUCAAAGAAUACAUGCAUCUUGCUGAGCGCAUAAGAAAGCACUUCCCUGAUCUUAAGAACAUCUGGCUUUCAACGGAAAUGCAGGAAGUUGUAGAUCAAUCAAGACUGUACCCCAAUUGGAUGUUUUACUACACAAAUGUGACGCGCCAAAUGGGUAACAUGACAAUGGCAACUUAUGAAGCUAGUCUUGGCAGGGAGAUGAGCACGAAUUAUCCUCUUGUUAAUUUUUUGAUGGCAACUGAAGCCGAUUUCUUCAUUGGAGCUUUGGGCUCCACUUGGUGUUUCCUCAUAGACGGUAUGAGGAAUACUGGAGGGAAAGUCAUGUCUGGAUACUUGAGUGUUAACAAGGAUCGAUUUUGGUAGCUACACAAUGGAGCUUCUAACUCCAUCUAUGGGUUCAAUCUGAUUAUUCUGGAGAUAAUCUCGUCUCGGAUAAACAUGGAAACAAUACCACGUUUACAAAUGAAAAGAAUUGGCGGAAAAUGCUCUGUUUUCUUAGUUUGAUGUGUGUAUUUUGAAGCGUGAAGAGCCGGUGCAUCAGAAAAGUGCUAGCAUGGUGCUUGGAUGCUAUCAGAUGAGUUCUUGCCUGUAAAUUGUUUAUUGUAAAAAUAAAAUAUGCAGCACUCUUUUCAGAAUUCUAUGUAACUAAUAGCUGUGAAAUAUGAGCAAAUAUAUGAAAUAAUAUAAAACAAGAUAUAUUGAAUAAGAGUUGGAAGGGAGAUAUUUUUUUUCUUC